UGAAAAGGAUACCUUGAUCUUACACUCGCGUAAUCUAUAUUUUGAGGUAUCGUAAGAAAGUUGUAACGUACCCUCCAUCUUAACCAACAUGAACCAUGGAACAAGACAAGGUACGACUCGUGCUUACGAAUCGAUGAAAGGGACCCGCCUUCAAGGUGACUUGAAGAACGAAGAGCUGCGCCGUAUCCUUCCUCUCGUAAGACUGUUGCAACAUCCUUCUUAAAAGGACACGACUUCAAGUGAAGCUCAGUAUCGAGAUCUACACAUAGGAUGGCGACGAUGGCUACGAUGACGACCGCAGAGGCUGUUAGCCCAGCUAUGGAGAGUGCUCCGAAGCACAGGGCUUGUGAUGAAUGCCGCACGCGUAAGCUAGCUUGCACCAAAGAGCCCGAGGGCUGCACUCGUUGCAAGCGCGAGAGCAUCGCCUGCCACUACUCUGCCCAGAAGCAGAUGGGUCGCCCGCGAAAACGUCCCCGAGACGAAUCGAGCAAUGACACUGCGAAUGCCGUCUCCGCGAACAAGAACGCCAUGACCGAGAUCCCGCCGGAUACGGAAGACCUCGGGCUGUCUUUUAUCAACUUUCUGGCGGCGGGAGAACCCAGCGUUAAUAAUAAUCUCGACGCGCCGAUAAGUUCGCCGCAAGAGAAGAGCUUCUCGUGGUCCUUUGGGUACGCGGGGGAUAGCCUUGGGGACGUAGGUUUCGACCCUAUACCCGAGACCGCGCCGUCCUUCUCCUCGUUAAACAUCGACCCGUCCCUCUUCAUAUCGGCGGCAGACCUACCGAGCAUAGAUCAACUGCCGAACCUAACCCCUAAUUCAGCUACAACGCCCGAAAGUGUGGGGAGUCUGUGUAGUACCGCCCCGGCGGCUAAACCGACAGGUUGCACGCAUACGGCGGCCCUAUACCUCGCCCUCGAAUCGAUGCAGAAACAGCCCGAAGGCGUCGAAGAAUCGAUCCGGCACGCGCGAAAAGCGACGAGGACGGCCUACGAAGCGGUGUACUGCCCCGUGUGCUCGUUUAGGCUCGAGCCACCGGAUCGCAGCCCGGGGCCGGACAUGAUGCGUUCGUUCCAGAACCUAAUGCUGCUCGCCGCGCUGAUCCCGAGCAUCGUGCACGCCUACCAGCGGAUCCUACAAGCCGUCGACGCAGAAUCGCGCCGAGCGACAGCCGAGCGACGGCGCCUCGUAUUCCGGCUCCGCGGCCUCGGCGGCAUCCUCUGGGGCUGCGGGCCGGCGGAAGGAGAGAGCAUAUGCAUGGCGGCGGGGGCGCUGGACCGUCGGGAGAUGGAGCCGGCGAUGUGGCGGCUGACGGUGCGGGCGCUGCUCAAGGCCGACGUGUACGGGCUGUCGGACAUCGACGCGGCGGAGGUGGAUACGUCGCCGAUACACAUCGGACUGAAGGAUAUCGUCAGCCAGAUGGAGCAGAAGAGCCGAGCGUGGCACGCUUGUACGGACGCGCUGGCGGCGACGGGGAAUUGGCAGCCGCCGGAUUGCGGGAUGGCGCUGCAUACGCAGGGAGAGGCGCCGACGUGUCAGAAGGUUAUUGCGAUUGCGAAGGCGGUUAUUGAUGCGUUGGUUAUUGCGUGAGAACGGGGUGUUGGGAAGUGAAUAGUUGGUUGGGACCUGGGUUAUCUUAUAUCUUAUGACUUGCUCCGUCAGGUCAGGGAACGGGGCUGAUGACGACUUCGCCUUGUCUGGCUACUACUGCAAGACUGAUCUUGCUCUAAGUUACCAAUCCGCUGGUUCGUAGGAUAAAGCAGAGAGGCCUUUAGAUCCUGGGUAUCGAUGGUUGGAUGUAUAUCUCAUAUCCGACUAGCAUGAGGGAAUAAGGAAUAUAUCAUGAGGGCCAGGAUGACGCUUCUUGGGGAGGUUGAUUGGCGGUACAUACUCUUUGCUCAUUGUCGGCCUUCCUGGUCACAUUGUACUAGAGGUGUUUCCUCCGCCACGGCAUAACUACUACAGAUGGUUGGUUUAACGCGGAAAGGGUCACGAGAGGAAUCGUAACUUCGUAAGGACAUACACUACUAAACCGGGAGACUCAAUGUCACGGAUUCCCUAACUAAAGUGGGAUCAAUUACAAGAAUAAGGUAAUAAAGGGUUUAUAGCUGUAUAUUAUGGACGUUUAUAAUAGCUACCUAGAUAAACACUAGUAAUCAGAAAGUCACUCGACUCAGUCGUUACGAGUUGGUUCCUGGUAUGAAUUAUUCCUGACUUACAU